AUGGCGAGACCAUCGAGUGAACAGAAGCCUCCUAGACGAAUGACACUCCUACUGGAGGGGAGACCUGGAGAACCACGAGAGAUAGACCGAGAAGAAUUUAUUACCUACUGUCGUGAUGACCCUGAACGCCUCUGGCAACUGAUGUUGGAAAUAAGUGACGAACUGAGGGACAAAAUUGAAGAUCUUGAGGUUGAAGCCGCUGGUGCGCUGCUUAAGAUUCAGGAAAACGAAGGAAUUGCAGCCCUUGCCAACCAAGAAUUGAAGAAGAAAGAGGACGAGCUUAAACAGACGACCAUCCAGCGAGAUCAGUAUGCCAACCAGAUUGCACAAAUGAUGGUUCGAAGCAACGACCUGGGUACCCUGGCAGUAGGCCCUGCCACCCGUAAGUCUAUCAAGCUUCCAGACCCACCCCUGUUGUCCGAUGGAAAGAACCCUAAAUUCGACGAUUGGCUCGUACUCAUGCAGCAGAAGCUGAGCGCGAAUGCGGACCACUAUGAUACCCCUGAAUUGAGACGCGCCUACGUUGCCAGCCGAUGCGAGGGUGAUGCGGCAAAACACAUCACUAAACGCCUGAAGAAUGGUGCCAUAAAUGCUUACAAGGACUCGACCGACCUGCUGGAGCACCUUGAGCAAAUCUACCACGAUCCGAACCGCCUCGCAAGUGCAAAGCUCAAAUUCCGUGGAUUAUUCAUGAAGAAUAAGGACAAAUUCCACGACUUCUUGUCCGAAUUCAUUUAUUGGGCAGAUGAGGCUGAGAUUGACGAGAAGGACUGGAGGGAGGAGCUAUACCAGAAGAUUACAACUGACCUCCAGAAGCUGACUAUGAGUGAGGCCAUCCGCACCAAUGGAACUUUUCAGGAGUUCAUAAACUACUGUUCUCAAACCGCGAAUCGGCUGGAGGUUAUCAAUAACCGUUCGCAACAUAAUCGUGUCUUUAGGAACUGGGCCUCUUCAAAUCAGAAUCAGAACUCGCCAGUACCUACUAAUACUGUGAAGAGGGAAAGCAAAGAGGCAGAUCGCUUGGGGGUAGACUCAGAGACUCGUCAACGUCUAAUGCAGGAAGGGAAGUGUUUCAAGUGUCAGCAGUUUGGCCAUCUCGCCCGUGAAUGCCCUAAGCAGAUGCCUACCACUCAGCUCAAGGCAUUGGAGAAGGCCAAUAGAGAAGUCUCCAUCCUAGGCGGAUACCAGGUCCCCCUAUGUCAACUGAACCUGCAGGAACUAUUGGGAAGGGAAAAUGAGAGUUUUACCAUACCCACCCGAUUAGUUGUCAAUGGAUACACAUUUGCAGUGAGAACAUUAGGAGACACAGGAGCAAACGGAUUCAUAUUUAUCGACACAAACCUAGCAACCCUCAUCGCGAAGACCUUUGGCCUACAUACAGUCCCAUUAGGACGGGAAUACGCAGUACAAGGAUACGAUGGCAAGUCAGAAGCUCCCGUCACACAUGCCAUCUUCAUGACACUGGAGGUCGACGGCAGAAGACAGAAUAAUCUACCGAUGCUGAUAGUAAACUUGGGAAGGCACGAUAUAAUACUUGGAAGGAAGUGGUUUGCCCAAUUUGGAGUCCUGCCAGACUGCAAGAACCAACGCCUUCUUUGGCCCUCAGAGCGGGCUGCCUUUGACGAAGUGGCCGCUCAGACAACUCGACCUUUACCCCGCAAGAUAUUGAAGCGAGCAGACACAAUACAGAUGAAUUACCAAAAGGACGCAGACCGCAGGAUCGACUAA